UGAUUGGGCCUUUGGCGCCUGCGACUUAUUGGCACAUGUCAAUCUCCUCGGAUGACGCCGAUGUACAGGUGGUGACCAUGCGGAGAUUGCGGCCACGGGGCAAACUACGGGCGACGCCGAAAGGCGGCCGAGCCCAGACCAUCGUGCUGGAUGCGCCGACUCGACGGCGAGAAGUGCGAGCUCGACAAGCUCGAGCGACAAAGGUUCGCAAGAAGCGGGCGCCGGACAUACAAGUCGUCGCGUGCAAGCGAAGACGAGCUGCCGUGCAGGUGGAUCUUGAUGACGACGAUCAGGUGAUCGAGACAUGCUGCUCAUACGAGGAGGCCUUCCUUGGCUACAAGACAAAGAAGCCUUCGACAUCGACAUGGCUAGUGCCACGCCAAUUGCUUCCUGCAGUUCAAGCGCAGGCCCCACAACUACCAUCAAGCCCUCCGGAGGAGGAGGUGGCAACUGCACCAAGUGCCAGUGGAGCUUCUGCGCAUGUAAGUUGUCAAGCCAAGGCGCAAGCUGUUCGAGCCGCAGGGCGAGCGGCCGCUCGCGCUGCGGCCGCUCUUGCGGCAGCCGCUCGUGCGGCGGCCGCGCGUGCCGCUGAACGCGCCGCGGCGCGUGCCGCCAUCAAUUCGAGCCCGGUGGAUUUGCCAAAGCAGCUGCAAUUGCCAGCGAUCGCAGAUGCAGACCCGAAGCCUCGGGCUGAGUCGCCGCCGAAAGCUCCAGGAGUGACAAAGAAGCUGCUCGAGAUGGGGGUGAUCUCGGAGGAGGCGGAGGCUUCACCAGAGGCGCCGUACUCGGAGGCAUACGUCGAGCGGCUGCGCUGCAGCGCUGACUGUCACUACCGGAAAUGCUGCGUCUGCGGUGAGCGAUUUGCAGUGGACCAACUCCGUCUUGGCUAUGUGCCAGACACCGCAGCGGAGCCGCGUUGGCUUCACACCCGUUGUCUGGCAAGUGACGCGCUGCGCAUGCAGCCAGGGCAGGUGGUUGCCUUUGCGCCGGCGGUGGCUGCGGAAGAGCGGCACCGGAUCUUGUCGAUUCUCAGCAUCCGCCGGGCGGGUCAUUCGGACGCGAUCGCUGCGCCGGUGGUGCUGCGCCCGCGGCUUUGGCGCCACGGCCCCGGCGUGUCGCAGAGGUGGCAGCGCUGCGCUGUGCCGACCGCCGGGGCGCCGCGCCCCCCGCGGCUGCGGUACAUGGCGCCCAUCUUGAGCCGGGUGUCGCAGGAGGCGCGGGUGGUGCUGUUCCGGGCACGGCACCGGCGCCUGGCUGCGAACCAGACGCGCGCCAACCUGAGAGCUGUGCCCCGAAGGGUGACCGCUAGUGGCCCCAGCGUGGUGGGUCAGCGCGCGCAAGUGGCUGCGACGACCAGGGGCCGAGUGCGAAACGGAGAUGAUGCCAACGCCGAGAGCGAGCAGACCGAUCGGCGUCAGCGCUGGGUCCGCCGGUCCGCGUUGGGUGCCCGCGCAAAGGAGUUUUUCGCCGCUGCUCCCAUCGUGUUUCUGGACAAGGACAGACGUGAGGAAGAGCCUUGCAUUAUUUGCCAUGAGCCGUUGCUGGAAGGAGACGAGGCUCGCAGACUGCCGUGUUGCCACACUUUUCACCGCUGCUGCAUUGAUCGCUGGCUGCGUGUGAAGGCGGUUUGCCCGCUGGACAAGUUGACCGUGGACCAGCUUCUGGCAGCCCCCAAGGCGCAGGAACGCGUGAGCGCCGCAACUUAGAGCCGACCGGCCAGAGAUCUGAGUGCAUGGCACGCGCGAGUGUCCACGUGUGGGCCACAAUCAAAACCGAGGUAAAUGAAGG